AUGCUCUUACAAACUGAAAAUGACCACAAACAAUUUGUAACUGAGGUACUUGGUACCAUGAGGUGUGACAAUGUCACAUCUGUUGCUCGAGACGAUAGUCUCAUUUGUUCAUUUGGUAGUAGAUUACUCCAAAAUCACCGUGAACACCACUUGAAACGUUAUAUUUCACAGAGAGUUCGACAACUAUCAACAUUUUUAAUAAUACUCCGCACUUUAGUUCCUGUUUUAAGACACCUAAAAGACUUUUUAAAACCAAAUUAUUUUGUUAAUAUUGUUCAAGCAGCAAAGAAACUAGGUCAAUAUAAUGAAGACCUGAAUACUUAUACACAUCCAAGCAAUGCACUAAAAAUAGGACAUACCAUAACACAAUGUGCCGAAAUUUUAAAAACACAACUUAUGAUCAACAACCAUCCGAGAGACGAAAUACAGGUAGUCAAUGAUUUUUUGCAAGUGUUCCAAACUGAAUGGAAAUUUUCAGUAUCUUCAAAUGCAAAUCAAGAUAUUGGGACAAAAAAAUUUAAUAAAUCUAUAGCUUUGCCUGAUGCCAAAAACAUUAGUAUUCUGCACACAUAUUUAUCAAGUCAACUGGCAAAAGGAAUGAAUUGCAUUCAAAGUGGUGAAAUUAACAAGGAUGUAUAUAAAUUAGUUUGUCAAACCUUACUGACACAAAUUAUAAUACUCAACAGACGAAGAUCAGGAGAAGUGGAGCGAAUAAAAAUUGAAAAUUAUCUUAACCGUGACAAAAAUAAAAUUCAAGAAGAUAUUCAAAAGGCACUAAGUUCUGUAGAAAAUCAACUUUCAAAGAAUCUUGUAAGAUUUGAAAUCAGAGGGAAACGAGGUAGAGGUGUACCAGUGCUUCUAACACCUGAUAUGCAAAAAGCUGUUGAUAUUUUAAUAAAAAUGAGAAAGUCUUUCAAUAUUUUAGAAUCGAACCCAUACAUGUUUGCCACACCAUUUACAAUCGAAGGAUCUUAUAGAGGAACUGACUGUUUGAGGGACGCUGCAACCAAGUCAUGA